AUGGCUUAUUCAACCAUGAAAGUGCUCUCUAUGAUUCUUUUCCUUGUUCUUGUUUCUGAAGGUUAUGGUAAAUGUCUUCCGAGCAAUAUCUCUUUAAGUCAAAGUCGAUCAGGAGUUACAGUGAAGGGAAAACCAGAAUGGAGUGUUACUGUGACCAACAAGUGUCCAUGUGCUCAAACAAAUGUGGUUUUGAAUUGUGCUGGAUUUCAAUCAGUUGAAUCUGUAGAUCCUUCAGUUUUGACGCUCUCAAAGGGUGGUAACUUUUGUCUUCUCACACCAGGUCAACCUCUCAAUAAAAAUGGCGUUGUUAGAUUUAAGUAUGCUUGGGACCAUCAAUUUUCAUUCCACCCCACUUCCACACAAAGUUCUUGUCCUUAA